AUGGCCGACCUCCAGGCCAGCCUGCGGGCUGCGGAGGACUGCCUGGACGCGGGGGAGCCCAAGGAGGCGCUGCAGCACUGCAAGGCGGCGCUAAAGGCAGACAAACAGAGCGUGGAUGCCUUUCUGCUGAUUGGCCGGGCCGCACAUGAACUGGGCGAGUGGCAGCAGGCGGAGCUGGCCUACCGCAAGGCCCUAGAUGUGCAGCCCAACUGCGUGGCCGCCUGGACCGGCCUGGCUCGCCUGUUUGCCGCCUCUGGCAACGCGGUUGGCGCCGUCGAGGCCAACGAGAAAGUGCUCUCUCUGCUGCCGGAGGAGGACCCCUCGCACCAGCAGCAUGAGCUGUGCCUGGCCGACGCCUACAAUCGCUGCGGGCGGUACCAGGAGGCGGCUCGGCAGUACCGUCAGCUGCUGGCACAUGCCGACGACGAAGGGGCUGAGGAGGCACCCCUGCCUGAGACGCGGGUGGAGCUGCUGUGCCGCCUAGCCGACAUCCAGCUGAAGCUGGAUGAGGCCAAGGCCGUGGAGGAGGUGGAGGCUCGCAUGACAGACGCGGGCCCCGGCCGCAGCGUGUCCAAUGUGCAGCUGGAGGUGCUAUCGGCGCAGGCGCUAGCAGAUGAGGAGGCGGCGGCGGAGGCGUGCACGACACAGACGCUGCUGGAGCUCUGCUCAAUUGCACCUCCCGCGGAGCGCUUUUUGAAGUACCAUGAAGAAUGGCUGAAGAGGUGCCUUCUCAAAAUCUUUUCGGCGCCGCCGCGCUCAGUUGAGCGGCAGCACUUCCGCCUGGCGGCGCUGCGUGAGUGCCACACCUGCAUGUGGAAGGGUGGCUGCAGUGCCCUGCCCUACGAAGCAGCUGUGUGGCUGUUGGAGGAGGAGGAGGAGAUCAAGGGUGGCCACGUGCCGGUGGUGGGCAGCUCUUGCGGCGUGGCUGGCGGCGUGAUGGAGGGCGGUGAGGGCCACGUGGGCAGCGGCCAGCAGGCGGUGCUGUUUGCUUUCGAAAACUUUGCGCGCCGCAUGGUGCACCAGUUCCCCAGCAACCCCACGGCCCAGGUCUGCCUGGGCCUCAUGCUGCGGCGGCGCGCAUGCCACGACGGCACACGGCCCGUGCCGCAGGCGCUGCGACGCCAGAUUGAGCAGCUGAUGAAGCGUGCAAUGGAGGACGACAGCCGCAGCGACUGCGGCACAGGGUGGAAGGCGCUGGCAGAGCUGCAGUACGAAAACCGGCACUACCCAGAAGCAUACGACACAGCUGUUCGCGGCCUGAGGUGGCUGCACAGCCGCCGUGAGCGCGGCCACGAGGCUCUGACGCACGUCGCGCUGUCGCUGCGUCUGGUGGUGGCCAAGGCGCUGCGCCGCAUGAGCAAGCUGGAUGAGGCGGAGAUGCACUUCAAAGUGCUGGCAGGCUGGGUGACCGAGGGGGAGACCGCGUUUGGCGAGAUGAGCGGGUCCAGCCCCGUAUCAAUCCACCAGCAGGCGCUGCGCGGCAUCGCCCUGGUGGCGCUGGAGCGCGGCGACAAGGGGGCCGCCAUGGCGCAGUACGAGCGCAUCCUGGGCAAGGCGGCGCUUGGGCGCGGCCCCGCCGAGCACUGGGCCCAUGCCGACUACGGCUGGCUGCUGUACCAGGAGGGGGACAUCCAGGGCGCACGGCAGCACCUGGAGGACGCCCUGAAGGUGGCCACCUCCUCGGGCUGCAUAGUCACCGACUCGCAGCUUGCGGAGCACCACUACCGGCUGGGCGAGGUGUACUGGAAGAUGCGAGGGCGUUAUCGCACGGAAAAGCAGUUUGCGUACACGCAGUUCUUCGAUGCGGCGUCCGUGGAGGGCCAUGCCCAGGCGCCAGCGUUUGCGGCGCUCGGCAGGUACUUCCAGGAGGUGGAGGGCAAGGCGGAGCAGGCGAUGCGGUGCUACAAGCGCGCUCUGGCUCUGGACCCCUCCGUGGCUGUGGCAGGUAGCGGCCAGACGCCGCCCAGCUGGGUGAACAAUGUGUUGGGGCUUGCCGGCGAGGAGGCGGGGCACGCCGCCGCCACCAAGCCCGCCGCUUCGCUGCACGGCGAGGACAGCGCCUCGCGCGGUGCCGGCUACGCCGCCCUCGGCGACAUUGCUGUGCGCAGCUGA